AGACGUUCACAGAGGCAGUCAAAACAAACUGUACACGUAUGAUUGUGUUGAUUGAUGAAAAGUUUUCUCAGUUGCUGGAAGAUGAAUACAUGAUGUUCAAACUUGCUUUCAAUGAUCUCGUAGAAGCAGAAAAAGAGGUUCAAUUAGUCAAUUAUCUUGAUGAUGACGAAAUCUUCCGAGAAGUAAAGUAUAAGCUUCCUAGGGCCAUGAGAAAAAAUAUUAUUCCUAACACUCGGUUCCUCAACAGUACCAAUGGUCAUGUGGCUCUUGAAGAUCAUGCUACAACAGCUACACAGGUUGGCAACAACAACCAUAUGGAAGUCCCUCCGGAGGCUGGCAAUAUACGCGCACAGCAAAUCGGGAGAAGCAACACGUUUACCGCAUCCAGUGGCCCAUCAAUUCAGGGCUACGAGUUGACCGUAAAGACGCCUGACACAGACUACGAAUUGUGUGUAGAAAUGAAGAAGCACAUCGACAAGAACAUAGACAACAUUAACAUCUCCCUGAAACCACACAACGCCAGAGUGGAGUCCACCAGUCUGGGAUCUGUCAUCAUCAGGGUGGCAGUGGAGCCUGGCACAAAACUUGGACCAGUUUGGCUGAGAGAGGUCAUCACAAAGAUCCUGUCUGAAGACAUCAUUGCUAAACUGCCAAAAGGCACCAGCAUGGAAGUCAACAUCAGUGCAUCUCUUCCACUCACACCUCUGGAUGUGGAUAUAUUCGAGUUUGAAGGUGAAAACGAAGCCACCCAUUGGAUGACAGAAUAUACAUCUGACAUUCACAGGAGGGAUAAAACUGGUCGCAACAUGCUCCACCAAGCGGUCAGAAUAGGAAAUAGGGCUGCUGUAAUUUUCAGUCUAAUAUCAGGCUGCCUUGUAAAUGAUCAAGAUUGUCAUGGGAAUACUCCUCUUCACUAUGCAGCAAUGUCAGGUCAAACGGGUGCGUCCUUGUCCAGACUGCUCGUUGAAGGAGGAGCCAGCAUUGACGUGGUUAACAGGGUUGGAUGCACACCACUACAUCGUGCUGUCACAAAGAGGAACCUGGAGAUGGUCGAACUCUUUGCAAGAAAGUUUGGAGUGAAAGAGAGCACUCCUACAGCCAAUAAAAAAAUAGAGUUAUCUUCCCUUAUACAUCUCUUGGUCAAACAAGGAGGAGAUGUCAAUGCCCUCAACAGAAAACGUCUCACACCACUGCAUGUGGCUGCUUCAUCACAGAGGUUUGAUGUUAUUGUGGCAUUAUUGACCGAAGGCGCGGACGCGAAUGUUGUUCAUGAAAAUGGUCAAACUCUGUUGCACCAUGUAUUGGGGUUGAGUAAGCCUAACAGGAAAAUGUAUGAAGGGUUGAAUAAGCCUAACCGGAAAAAUCCGAAGAAACACCUGCGAGAAAAGCCUGUCACACAAUCAUCUGGAGAUACAUGUAAACCUGAUGAUAAUGGAGCUAGUAAAGCACAAUCUUCAGUGUUGGACAUACCAGACAGUGAAGGUAAUACUCCACUUCAGAGUGCACUCAAAUCUAACUUCACACAAGCUGCUAUCAUUCUGUUGAAUGCUGGGGCAAAUGCAAAUACCAAGAACAAGAAAAUGGACACACCCCUCCAUACAGUUACUAGAAAUACAAACAUUGAGAAUACUAUCACUGAACGUGAUGCAGUAGUGAAGAUUAUUGAAUUCAGCAGAGAUGUGAAUGUUACAGAUAAGCAAGGCAAUACACCUCUGAUGUUGGCUGUCGAGAAGAACAAAAACAUCUCACCCCUGCUCAAAGCUGGCGCUGAUGUCAAUGCUCAAAAUAUACAUGGUGACACACCGCUGAUCAUAGCUGUUAAACACAACAGUCGGAUAAUGGAAACAUUACUGGAGGCCGGAUCUGAAGUGUCCACCGGCAAUACACAACUUCUACUGAAAGCAGGAGCUGACGUCGAUGCACCCAUAAAUGAGAGACAAAGCAACACCGAACAACUGAUUGCCGCUGGAGCUGACGUCAAUGUUCAAAACAAAGAUGGUACCACGCCUCUGAUGUUGGCUCUUAAUACAGGACGGGAUAUCGCACCACUACUCACAGCUGGGGCAGAUGUAAAUUCAAAAAAAGGAUUGGGUAGAACAGCGCUGCAUCUUGUUGGUGAACAACAAGAUCACAGGUAUGGAGCCGCAGUCAUAAACAAGAGCCUCACAGAUCAACUGAUUGCUGCUGGAGCUGACGUCAAAGUUCAAGACAAAGAUGGUAACACGCCUCUGAUGAUGGCUGUAAAGACAGGACGGGAUAUCGCACCACUACUCACAGCUGGGGCAGAUGUAAAUUCAAAAAAUGGAUUGGGUAGAACAGCGCUGCAUCUUGUUGGUGAACAACAAGAUCACAGGUAUGGAGCCGCAGUCAUAAACAAGAGCCUCACAGAUCAACUGAUUGCUGCUGGAGCUGACGUCAAAUUUCAAGACAAAGAUGGUAACACGCCUCUGAUGAUGGCUGUAAAGACAGGACGGGAUAUCGCACCACUACUCACAGCUGGGGCAGAUGUAAAUUCAAAAAAUGGAUUGGGUAGAACAGCGCUGCAUCUUGUUGGUGAACAACAAGAUCACAGGUAUGGAGCCGCAGUCAUAAACAAGAGCCUCACAGAUCAACUGAUUGCUGCUGGAGCUGACGUCAAAGUUCAAGACAAAGAUGGUAACACGCCUCUGAUGAUAGCUGUAAAGACAGGACGGGAUAUCUCACCACUACUCACAGCUGGGGCAGAUGUUAAUUCAAAAAAUGGAUUGGGUAGAACAGCCCUUCAUCUUGUUAGUGCACGCGAUUAUCACCUGUAUAGGGCCACAGUCACACAUGAGAGCCUCACAGAACAACUGAUUGCUGCUGGAGCUGACGUCAAUGUUCAAGACAAAGAUGGUAACACGCCUCUUCACAUUUGUGUAAAGAAUAAUGAUUACCGUUCUGUCAAAGUCCUUUUGAGUGUUUUACGGUCUGAUGUCAAUAUUACAAAUAGAAAUGGAAAAUCAGCAUUGGACCUCGCUGAAGAAGCUGUAUUACCAACACAUUUUGGUAUUAGGGGAAAAUUCAGGAAAAUACCACAAAUAUCUUUUGGUACACCUGGAUAUUCUCAUGAUCCUGAAAAGGAUAAAAAAGCAAAAAUACAUGCAAUCCUCAGCAGACAUCCAGAUCUCAAUGCUGAAAACCACAGUGACAGAACCCCUUUGAACAUUGCUAAAAUGUCAAGCGACAUAUCUCUUAAAGAACUUCUGUUAUCUAGAGGAAUAACGUCAGAGGAGUCAACAUAUGGCUCGUCGAGGCCAAGACCUCAUUAUUCAUCAUCAGAAAAGACGAAAUUGAAAAUGCAAGAAAAGACUAAAAACCCGUGGAAGGGAAUGUUUGAAGGGAAUAUGGACGUCCAUUAGAUCAAUGUCACAAAAAGGAACUUGAUUAUGUGUUGACAAGAUAGGCAAUUGUCCUACCCAAAACUAGCCAUUGUUGCAGACAUUAUGCAUUUCUAGUGCGUGACUGGAUAAUCACUAUCAUAACUUCGAACGUUUGUAACUAAUAGAUGUAUUUUCAAUGAAUUUUAAGUAAGAAUUACCUUGCUUACGAACGAGUGUUGCGUAAUUCCUAUCUGUGUAUAUGUUUCAAAAUUAUUUUAGCUUUUCAGACGUAGUACAUUUUGAUAAUAUGUAUUUUGGUGUAUAUGAAAGUAAGGGAUGGUCUUAAUAGAAGGUUAAUGGUUGGCACAAUUAAGAUGCUACAAGUCUUCAGUUUGAAUGAUUUUAUAUGUUUAAUGUGGACAUUGCACCUCUUGAGUAAUUCAUUUUGUUUUCAGUCAGGACAUAUACAUAGGUAUACAUGGAGAAGCUGUAUCAUGUUCAACCAAACUUUGAUUGAGAAUAUUAUGUUUCAUUUUUUUACGUUUGUAUAUACAUGUACACUUGUGAAUUAGUUUUACGCCUCAUGCAUAUGCCUGUCAAAACACAAUAUACUUAUUGAUUAUACUAAUUGAUUGUAUGUACAUGGAUAUAGCACACAAUGUUUGGUAAAUACAUAUUAAAAGUUUGGUAAAUCAGUGAUCUAUGAUUUCUUGUGAGCAGUGUAGGUUGAUACUACAUUUGUCCUCAGUACUUCUUAAGCCUUCAUAAUUGUAGUUGCCAGUUUAUUCAGUCUAUUGGCUGGGUUGGUUUUAUACAUCAAUAGAUACUUGUUAUUUAUCUGAACGUGUUAUCUCUUGGUGAAUUGUAUCAGACGGAAUAUUUUGUUGAUUGUACAAGAUUUACAACUGGUAAAAACUUGACCAUUUUUGUUUUUCAUGUUCGUUAGUUAAGACAAAUAAACUCUUUGAGCUAUUUCUAUGACCUUAUAAAAGGAUGCAUUGAUAAAAGAAGUUCCCUUUUUACAAAUCAUUUUUUAAAUCAUUGUUUAACAUUCUAU